CUCUUUAGUUCAGCCCUUCUUUUUAAGCGAUCUACUCGGUGUGAAUUGUGUGGUUUAGGAUAAAUAACCAUGGGUGACAACUGGGAUGAAGCUGGUGAUGAAGUCAUGGUUGAUGAUGUUGAGGGUGAAACUCUAGCCAUUGCCCCAACAGCAGAACUUCCAGAAAUCAAAUUAUUUGGUCGUUGGAGUUGUGAUGAUGUCCAAGUCAGUGAUAUGUCUCUUCAGGAUUACAUUGCAGUUAAAGAAAAGAAUGCAAAAUAUCUGCCUCAUUCAGCUGGGCGUUAUGCUGCUAAACGUUUCCGAAAAGCUCAGUGCCCUAUUGUUGAGCGUCUGACUAAUUCUUUGAUGAUGCACGGCAGAAACAAUGCCAAGAAAUUAAUGGCAGUACGGAUAGUAAAACACGCUUUUGAAAUAAUUCACCUUUUGACUGGUGGAGAAAAUCCCCUGCAAACAUUAGUGCAAGCCAUCACUAACUCUGGUCCUAGGGAAGACUCUACUCGUAUUGGUAGAGCUGGUACUGUUAGGAGGCAGGCCGUUGAUGUGUCUCCUCUUCGCAGGGUUAACCAGGCAAUUUGGUUGCUCUGCACUGGAGCUCGUGAAGCAGCGUUUAGGAACAUUAAGACCAUUGCUGAGUGCUUAGCUGAUGAACUCAUCAAUGCUGCUAAGGGAUCCUCCAACUCUUAUGCAAUUAAGAAGAAAGAUGAGCUGGAACGAGUUGCCAAGUCCAAUCGUUAAUUUUUUUUAUUUCAUAUUGGUACCUCAAUAAAAUUUGGUACUUCUUUU